CCAGCCCAGCCAGGCUUCCAGCCCCCAAACCCCUACCAAGCCCCCAGCGCCUAUGCCGGGGCAGCCGCCGUGCCGGCAGCAGCACAGCCCACCCUCUAUCAGAGCCCAGCAGACUUAGCUGGCGGGCACCAGAAGCCACGGCAGACCUCACUGGCUGACCUGGAACAGAAGAUCCCCACCAACUACGAGGUCAUCAGCGCAGCCACCAGCUCCUCUGCCGUGCCUGACGUCACCUUCAGCACCGCACCGGCGAGUGGCAGCUACGAGCAGUACAAGGCGCCUGAGACCCGGCCGGCCGAGAGAACCAGCACGACACCAGGCCCCUCGGCCAGCUACUCUUCGGAGUCCCUCUACACCAGCCUGGAGCAGAACAUCCCCCGUAACUAUGUGAUGAUUGAGGACAUCAGCGAGCUCACCAAGGAGAGUCCAGCGGUGGAGGGGCACAAAGCGGAGCCGGUGGGCACAAGCGUCGACAGCCGCCACGUCAGAGAGAAGAGUGACCUGGGGGACACCGAGAGCUCCAGCCGGCCCUGCUGUUACACCAAAGCUGAGGAGGAGUCUGAGGAGGACAUCUACGACCACCAUGGCCCUGACUAUCGUGGGAAGAACAGCUACUACCGGGGCACAGAGAGCAAUGGCAGAGUGUCAGGGAGCUCCACCAGCUCGAGCUACUACUAUGGGGACAGUGAAUACCGGCACUCCUCACGGGUGGACAAGCAUGGCUCUGGCACACCACUACCGAAGCAUUCAUCCAAAAACCUGGCACCCGCCGUCAUCUCCUCCAAGCGCAGCAAGCACAGGAAGCAGGGCAUGGAGCAGAAGAUCUCCAAGUUCUCACCCAUCGAAGAAGCCAAAGACGUGGAGUCAGACCUGGCCUCCUACUCAGCAACAACCUCAGUUGGCAGCAGCAACGUGGCCUCCAGGGCCAAGAAGCUGCAGGAUGAGAUCACCUAUGGCCUGAAAAAGAACGUCUACGAGCAGCAGAAGUACUAUGGCGUCUCCAGCCGGGAUCUGGUGGAUGAGGAUGAGCGGGUCUACUCCAGCAGCAGCAGAACCCGCUCCUCUGGCUAUGGGGUGGAAAAGUCCUCUGGCCGGGAGAUGGGCAGCCGGAGCAAGUCCUAUGAACGGGAGGGCAUGGAGCGCUCCCAGAAAGUCAGCUCCAAGCCCUCAUCCCUCAGCAUGAGCCAGAGCCGCGGGCGGGCGCCCAUGCGCUCGCAGCCCUCGGAGGAGGAGAGCCCCGUCAGCCCCCUGGGGAAGUCAGUGGGGGGGUCACGCACUGCGGGGGGGCCAGGCCCUCAGUCUGCAGGGGACCCCUGCUCCCAGUUCUGCUCCAGCCAUUCGUUGCCUGAUGUGCAAAAGCACAUCAAAGACGUGCCAAGGAGUCACUCGUACAAGCACGAGGAGGGCUACGGCAUGGACGAUGCCCAUUGCGUUGUCUCAGACAGCGAAGCCUAUCAUUUGGGUCAGGAGGAGACAGACUGGUUUGAUAAGCCCAGGGAGGCGCGGGCGGAGAGGGUCAGGCACUACGGUGGCCACUCUUCCUCACAGAAGAGACCCCCAGUUAAGCACACCUACCACGAUUAUGACGAGCCCCCUGAUGAAGACCCGUGGCAGCAUGAUGACUACCCCCAGCACCGUGAGCACCGGCACCACAGGGAGUACGAUCGCCACUCUGGCACCUCCCGGCAUGCCAGUGAUGAGCCCCCGCGCCAGGAUGCUCUGCUGGGAGAGUGA